AUGCCGCAGUGGGCAGAACGGAGCCUGGCCCCAGGCUCCGUGUGUUGCGGGCAGACCCAGAUUGCGUGCAUGCUGUCUGCUGGAGAGGAGCCGGUGUGGAGCACCGAACAGGAGGCAGAGUCAGAUGUUGGUGGAGAACGGCACCCGCAGACCCGGAGUGUUUCUGCGGAAAACCUUGCCACCUCACAGGCCUUGCGGAGACACUGCUCUGCGGGAGGCAGAGAAGCUGCCUGGCUGGUUUCUGGGCAGAGCGAGAACGUGUCAUCGGUGGACACAGAGGGAAGUCACCGAGGCACGUGGAGCGCUGACGAGGAGGAGGUGAAGACAGGCCUGUGCGGGGGGAUGGACGGUGCUGCAGGGUCUUGGGGAAGCGACUUCUCCCUCCUGAGCGGCUCAGUGGGGACUCGGGGCACGCCCCCUCCGGGGGUGAAACCACCCCUCCGCGGGGCAGGCCCCAGUGGGGGGCGCACUCAGGCACCCGGCCCGCAUCGCUUACCUGCCACCGGCCACAGCUCUCUGACAUCAGAGCACCAGCCCCAGGACUCGGCCUUCUGUCCAGAGAAGGGAGACGCUGCAAGACAAAAGGGGAACCGAGACUGA